AUGCCACUCAGUAAAGCAUGGAAAAAGGCAAAGGCCAGGAGGGCAAUAUUGGUAACGAGGGAGCAGACGUUGGCAGAAGAUCCUGAUGUAGUCCCUGUCAUAAGUCCCGUCAUUAUUCCGGCAGACAGGGCCCCAUCAGCACCUGUCAUAGGUCCGGUCAUCGUGCCGGCAGACAUGGUUGCUGGGGCAACUGAUGUAGGUCCAGUCAAUUUGACGGCAUUCAGAGCCCAAAAAGCACCUGAUAUAAGUCUGCAUUUCGGAGAUACAGACUUGCCAACUUUACAUCAAGCCUUGUAUGCAACAUUUCAAAGAGCAAAGCAUGCAUUGGUCAUGAUUGGAUCAAUUUGUUCUGCGGUGUUUCUUAAAGAUGAAGAGUUUUGGCUGUUUGAUUCACAUUCACAUGGAGAAUAUGGACUGUCAGAUGUUGAUGGAAAGUCUGUAUUGAUGUCAUUUCAUAAACUUGAAAACCUUGUCACAUUUAUGUAUGCUAUGUAUGAAAGUGCAAAUAUUGAUAUAAUGAGCCAAUAUGAAAUAUUGCCUUUAAACUUUAAUGUAGUUCAAUGCACUUCACAAUACCAUAAUAUGUACAUUAACAAUCAGCAGAAAAUAACUGAUAUCAGCAAAACUGAUGCUGAUGAUGUUUGGCAAACAGUUUCUUACAAAAAGCAAAAGAAAUCCACUAACUUUUCUGUCAUGCCAAAAGAUGAACAAUUAUGUGAAGUAGUUAAAAAAACCAUUAAGCAACAGUCUAUUGACCAUAAAGUAAAAGAAAGGACAUAUAGUUAUCCUGCAGUUGGGCUUAAGACAAAAGUAAAAAAUGAUACAAUAUUGAUUGGGAAGUACUUUAAACACCAAUACCAAAAACAGCAACAGAAAAAUAAAGAAGGAGAAAGUGAUAGAAAAGCCUACAUGAGACUGUACAUGCAAAAGCGAAGGCAAAGUGAUCAAUUCAAAGUAAAAGAUAAAGAAUUCACUUUCAAGUCAAAGCGAAAAGCAAGGUCAGACGAAGCAUUCAAACAAAAAGAAAUUCAGAUACAAAAUAAAUCCAAACAAAAGGCACGGUCAGAUGAAGCAUUUAAACAAAAAGAAAUACAGGUUCAAAAUAAGUCCAAAAAAAAGGCAAGGUCAGAUGAAGCAUUUAAACAAAAAGAAAUACAGGUUCAAAAUAAGUCCAAAAAAAAGGCAAGGUCAGAUGAAGCAUUUAAACAAAAAGAAAUACAGGUUCAAAAUAAGUCCAAAAAAAAGGCACGGUCAGAUCCACUUAUUUUAGAGCAAGAGAAAAUAGCUAAACAGGAAUCUCGAAAAUGUCCAGAAUACAAGCAUAAAGAAAUGCAAAUACAAAAUAAAUCCAAACAAAAGGCACGGACAGAUGAAGCAUUUAAACAAAAAGAAAUACAGGUUCAAAAUAAGUCCAAAAAAAAGGCACGGUCAGAUCCACUUAUUUUAGAGCAAGAGAAAAUAGCUAAACAGGAAUCUCGAAAAUGUCCAGAAUACAAGCAUAAAGAAAUGCAAAUACAAAAUAAAUCCAAACAAAAGGCACGGACAGAUGAAGCAUUUAAACAAAAAGAAAUACAGGUUCAAAAUAAGUCCAAACGAAAGGCACGGACAGAUGAAACAUUUAAACAAAAAGAAACUGAUGUACAGAAUAAAUCAAAACGAAAGGCAAGAUUAAAUCCAUAUACAUUAGAAAAAGAAAGAGUUGCUAAGCAACAGCGGAGAUUAGAUGAAAGAAACAAAAGCAAAGAAAAAAUACUAGAUUGUAAAAGAAAAUCUGAAAAACGUAAAAAUCCAUUAUUUUCAGAAGCAGAAAAGGUAACUGCAAAACGAAAAAAAAGUGGUAAUGAUAUAGAAGAGUGUAUUGCGAAAUUUCAUCAAAACAUACAAGAAGGUCCCAUCUAUGUUUGUAGUUCAUGCCACCAGACGUGGUUUAAGGAAUCUGUAUCAGAGGUCCUUACUUUUACUUGUAAAGACAAAAAUAAGUACAUAACUGGUCUAAAGUCAGUAGCUGAAAAAGAAUGGAUAUGUGUUACAUGUAAGCAUAAUAUUAAAAAGGGGACAUUACCUAAAUUGUCAGUUUUGAAUGGAAUGGAAUGGCCAACAAAACCAAAAGAAUUGGAACUGUUUCCUCUUGGAGAACGCUUAAUAGCAUUACGUAUUCCAUUUAUGCAAAUUAGAGAACUACCAAGGGGGCGUCAGUUAUCUAUAAAAGGGAAUGUUGUGAAUGUUCCAGUUGAUAUCCAACCAGUUGUUAACACUCUACCAAGACCCAUGAAUGAAAACAUUACUGUAGCUGUGAAAUUAAAAAAAAAGAUGUCUUUCCAGUCAUGUGCAUUUUCUGAAAAUGUUCGGCCACUUCGAGUACUUAUUGCUUUACAUUGGUUGAUGAACAAAAGCAAUCUUUAUAAAAAUGCAAAUAUUGACAUUGAUGAGCAGUGGAUAAAGGAUGUUACAGAAAACAGUAAUGAAGUCAUAAAUGAAUUUUUCGAGUCAAAAGUAACAUCUGAAAUCAUGCCAGAGUGUGACACUGAUAACUAUGUAGAUGCAUUGAAUAAUUCUCGUUGUUCGAGUGAUAAUGCCUCACAUGUAUUGCACAAAUAUUUUGAGGAAAAUAUUAAGCUAUGUAAAACACUUGGCACUGUUGACUUUGAAGACUGUGUUGGUGAAGUUAUUGACUGUGCAAAAGUAAAGAAUGCUGAAAAUAAAAGUUCUCAUUCAGCACUAGAAGAUUUGUAUGACUCUGAUUCUGAAGAAGUUACUAAUGAAAAUGUUGGAAAUAUUGACACUCUUUUAGAUGAUGCAGAUAUUGAAAACAGACAUGCUACUUUUACAUUUGCACCUGGUGAGGGUCAGCGACCACUUAGUAUUUUUCAAGAUAAAGAUUCAGAGUAUCUGUGUUUCCCUAGCAUAUUUUGCGGUAAAAGGCGAAUUGAUAAUGAACACAGAAAAGUACCAGUUAAUUAUAGUGACAUUGCUAAGUGGGAACUUCGCAGUCAAGAUAGACGUGCAGCAAACAGUGUGCCUAACAUAUUUUUUAAGUUAAAAAAAAUACAGAUGAAGCAAUUAAAUGACAAGUCAAAUUUAGCUGUUAGAAGAAUUCAGACUGGUACAAACAAAUUAACUGCUGCCCAGGCAAGAAAUGGGGAAUGCAUGGAUACAAUUGUAAAGAAUGAUCAAGGUUACUAUUUGUUCAAACAGCUGAGAAACAGUCCAGCUUACUUAGAAUCCAGAAAGAAAGAUGUUUAUGCAAUGCUAAGACAGUUAGGUAUACCAACUUGGUUUAUGUCCUUGUCUUCUGCUGAUACCAGAUGGACAGAUCUUCUUAAAAUCCUUGCAAAUCUAAAUCAAAAAGAUAAGUACAGCGAUGAACAAAUAGAAAACCUAACUUGGGAGCAAAAGAUAAAAAUGAUUCAGUCAGAUCCAGUUACUUGUUCAAGGUUUUUUGACCAUAGAGUUCAAGAGUUUAUAAAUACUGUUCUUAAAAGUGAUCAUAAUCCAUUAGGUAAAGUGACAGAUUAUUUUUAUAGAGUUGAAUUCCAACAACAUGGAUCUCCGCAUAUUCAUAUGAUUGUGUGGGUUGAAAAUGCUCCAAAAUUAAAUGUAGACUCAAUUGAAGAGAUAGCAGCAUAUGUGGACCAGUACUUAAAAUGUUCAAUUAACAAUGAAUUUGUUGGGGCUUUGGUAGACAUCCAAAUCCACAAACAUUCAAGAACGUGUAGAAAAAAACAAGAUCAAAUAUGCCGAUUUGGUUAUCCAUUACCACCUCUGCAAAAAACAAUGGUGUUAUUUCCUCUUGAAAAUGACAAGGAUAAAUAUCUCAAACAGUAUGCAAAAAUCCAGAAAAGAAUGAAUGAUCAGAAACAUGGAUACAAUAUGUCUUUUGAGAAAUUUUUGUCAGAUAUUGCACAGAUGAAUGAGGAUGAUUAUAUCAAAUGCAUUAGAAGUUCAUUAAACUCUCCCAAGGUGUUUUUGAAAAGAAAUCCAAGUGAGAUACGUGUAAAUUUAUACAAUGAUGUAGUAUUGAAAGCAUGGAAAGCAAAUACUGACAUACAAUUUGUCUUGGAUCCAUAUGCUUGUGCCAUGUAUAUUGUUUCAUAUAUAAGUAAAUCCCAACGUGGUAUGAGUAAUCUUAUGUAUGCUGCUGCAAAGGAAGCAAGAAAUGGCAACCUAGAUAUAAAAAGGCAAGUAAGACACAUUGGAAAUGUGUUUUCAAACAGUGUUGAAGUGAGUGCACAGGAAGCAGUCUAUCUAGUUUUGCAAAUGCCCUUGACCAGAAGUACAAGAGACGUUGUAUUUAUAAAUACUUCUGUACCAAACCAAAGAGUACAAUUGUUAAAGUCAAAGUCUGCUCUUGAUGAGUUGCCUGCAGACUCAACUGAUAUCAUGUCAGAUAACAUCAUAAAAAGAUAUUCAAAACGUCCAAAGGCUUUAGAUAACUAUUGCUUAGCUGAUUAUGUGUCACAGUUAGAAGUGAUUUACCCAGAUGAUAAGGAAGAUAUAAGUAAUUCAGAGCAAAAUGAUGAUGAAAAACAUGAUGAAAUGUCAGGAGAUGAAUAUUUUGAUGAUUGCCAAAACAUUUGCGUACUGAAAAGUGGUAUAAAAAUCAGAAGACGCCGUAAUUCAAAAAUCAUAAGGUAUGUAAGAUUUAAUUGUAAAACAGAUGAAGAAAACUAUUAUAGAGAAAAACUACUUCUCUUUUAUCCCUGGAGAAAUGAAGAGAGAGAUUUACUUGGACACUUUGCAACACACAAAGAAAAGUAUGAAUCAGUCCAAAAUGCUGUAAAUGAAAAAUGUGCAUGUUAUGAACAUCAUGUUGAUGAGUUAGAAUUAGCAAGAAAUAUGGCUGAAGAAGAAUACAAUGCAUAUGAUGAAAUUGCUCCUGGAACUCAGCAAGAAGAAGCAGAAACUGCUGAAGAAGAACCAGUAGAGUCAGAAACAUUUAUCUAUUUCAAUCCAGAUAGAGUAAGUGAACAAAGAGAAUAUGACAUUGGCAUAGAAAUUGGUUGUUCCGUUUCAUCUGCACAAAUAAGUUCUAAUGAAAAUAUUUUAUCAGAUGAAGAGUACAGAGCUCUUCUGCGUUCGUUGAACUCAAAACAGAAAGAGUUUUACAAUCAUGUUGUUCACUGGAUAAAAACAAAAGAUGCACCUUUAUAUACAUUUCUUUCUGGUGGUGCUGGUGUUGGUAAAAGUGUUGUUAUAAGAGCAUUGUAUCAAACACUAUAUAGAAUGCUUAAUUUGAAAGAAGGAGAAAACUCUGAUGAUGUAAGGGUGCUCUUGUGUGCAUAUACUGGAAAAGCGGCUUUCAAUAUAAAUGGCUCUACUAUUUCGUCCGCAUUUAAGCAGAAGUACAAACAGUCUGAUCAAACAUUAACAUGUGACAGCUUGAACACAUUCAGAUCCAAAUAUCGAGAUUUAUCUGUUGUCAUAAUUGAUGAAAUUUCAAUGGUUAGUAAUACUAUGAUGAGCUUCAUAAAUCAGAGACUGCAAGAAUUAAAAGGCACUCGCAAACCAUUUGGAGGUGUAAGCAUUAUCGCAGUGGGAGAUUUAUUCCAGUUAAAACCUGUAAAUGGUGAUUGGAUAUUUAAUGAUUUAAGUCGUGAUGUUGCAUCUUUGUCCAUGAACUUAUGGAAAGAACUGUUUCUUAUAUACGAGUUAUCAGAAGUAAUGAGACAAAAGGAUGAUUUACCAUUUGCAGACUUAUUAAACAGGCUCAGAAUUAACUCACUGACAACAGAAGAUAAAAUGGUUCUUAAAGGUUGUGAAGUUGAAUCCAGUGCUAAGAAUUAUCAAGUAAACUCCCCACAUCUAUUUGCUGAAAACUAUUACAUGCAUAUUUUCAAUGAUACACUGCUAAACAGUUCAAACAAUCAAAAAGUGUCCAUUCUUUGUCAUGAUUCUGUUGUUUCACCAAAAUUAUCAAAGGAUAAACAAGAAGAGGCUAUCAAAAGAUUGCCCACUGAUCCAAACAGAACUGCUAAUCUUCAUUGUUCAUUGGAUAUUGUUAUAGGGAUGUUGUAUGAUUUAACUGUCAAUACAAAUACUGAAGAUGGCCUUGCAAAUGGUGCGUCAUGUGUUGUAAAGUUCAUAGAGUAUAAACUGAAGGAAACACAACGUCCUAGUAUCAUAUGGGUUCAAUUUGUGGAUUUGAAAGCUGGUUGUGGAACUAGAUUAAAAUAUAAAAGUCGAGGCUUUUAUCAUGAACAAAUAAAUGAAAAUUGGACACCAACAUUUGAUAUCACAAGAACCUUUACAUAUAACAAAAAAACUUUUGAAAGGAUCCAGUUUCCAUUACAACCUUCUGCUGGGAGAUCAGUUCAUAGAGCACAAGGAACAACACUUGAUAGUGUCGUGAUUGACUUAUCCCAAAGAAAAACACGAAAAGUUCCUCACCUUCAUUACGUUGCAUUAAGUAGAGUACGGUCUUUAGAAAAGCUUCAAAUUCUCAAUUUUAAUGAGCAGGCUUUACAAGUUGAUGACAAAGUUAAAACAGAAAUGGAGAGAUUGCUUAAAGAUGCUUCUCUAGAAUUGUGUUAUGUUCCCUUGGAAUCUAUACAUUUAUUUUCAAAAAUGGAUUUUAAAAUCGCAUUCAACAAUUGUAGGUCAUUAAACAAGCAUUUCAUUGAUGUGAAACAUGAUCAAGGAUUGUUGUCUUGUGAUAUUAUUGGAUUGGCAGAAACUAGAUUACAUGAAAAUGAUAAUGAUACUUCUUAUCAGAUACAGGGAUACCAUUUAAUACGCAAUGACCAGUGUACUGCAUCAACAUCUGAAAGACCUCCACAUGGGUUACUUAUUUAUGUCAAAGCUGAUGUAUUAGUAAAAUCUGCAGACUGCUUUAGCUCCCAGAAUUUUGAAUUUGUUCUUCUGAAUGUUGCAAGAGAAUUAAGUGAAAUGCAAGUUGUAGUAUUGUAUAAAUCACCAAAAAUGUCAGAUUCUGCUUUUCGCACUAUGCUGACAGAGAAACUCUUUCCACAUUUGGUACCCCAUAAGCCUUUAGUUAUUCUGGGUGAUUUUAAUAUUGAUGUUUUAAAUUAUCAUAGGGGUGUUUUGCAGUAUUUGUAUGAUAAGCUUAACUGUAAAUUACAUCUUAAUGAACCUACAACUGAUAAUCUAUCAGCAUUAGACUUGAUAAUAACAAAUAUUGAUGCCACUGUGGGUACAGUAGAAACUUACUGGUCAGAUCACAAAAUUAUCUACUGUUGUACAGAAAGAAUCUCUACACAAUAA